AUGAAGCUCUCAACCCUCCUCACAACCCUCACCCUCGCCACUCUCGGCAGCAGCACCGCCCUCAAAUUCCCCCGCUCAAAAUUCACCUGGACCUCCUGGGUCGACAGCCUAAUCGCCGAACCAGCACAUGCCAUGAGCCCCGAGGAAGCGAUUGCCGCCUUCAAUACCGCAAACCCCAAUCCCAACCCCGACCUCUCCACUGACGAUGCGAACCUGGACAAGCGCCAAGCUUUCGGCAACUGCCAACAACUCUCCCAACGACCCCCUUCUGUGCCCGACGCCGUGGCUUGUAUCAAUGAUCUAGCGAGCAGGGGCAAUGCGGGCCAGGAGUGUAACGUUGAUGGGUUUACCGCACGGGUGCAGUGUAGAUUGGGUAGUGCGGAUGUAGUUAGUGUAAGGGGACGGGAUGAUGCUCCUAAGAGUGUGAACUGGUGA